AUGACUUCUAUCAUGCAGUUUUUUUGCAUAAUCGGUUUAGCACUUAUACCGUUCGUUAUCUGCACACAACAAAACAAAUUGCCAAUAUUAUCAUCUGAAGAGCAAUUUACAUUAGAGAAACGUCUCCUUGAUUCCAAUUCGCUCCCAUCGAUUCCGCUUUUCCGUGGAUCAAAUUUAGGCAUCUUUGUCAAGAAACGUCCACAUAAUACAGUUUAUGAUGAUGCUGUCAUGCGCCGAAAAGAACCUUAUGGAACAUCAUUGAACAAUGAGAAUAUUUUGACUAAAGUAUUCAAGAACAACGAACAAUAUCAACGACGUUUUGAAGAUUAUUAA